GAACCAUCGUUCCGAUCAACAAAUAGUUCCGUCUCAAGAUGGCGGAGUACGUCAAUAUUGUCCGAAGGGCUUUGGGACAACUAGGAGGUCACGGCGGAGUCCGGGGGUUUCUUCUUCAGCUCUUCAGGGUAAACGAUGUGAAGACUGGAGCCCUGAUUGGUGUGGACAAAUAUGGCAACAAAUACUACGAGGACAAGAAGCACUACUUCUUUGGACGUCAUCGCUGGGUGAUCUACACCACACAGAUGAAUGGAAAGAACACUUUGUGGGAGGUGGAUGGCAGCAUGGUGCCCGCCGAAUGGCAUCGCUGGCUCCACUGCACGACGGACGACCCCCCCACCACGCACCCACCCGAGCCCAAGAAGUUCCUGGCCGAGGUGCACCGGUUCAACGUGAGUGGCACCCCGCAGCAGUACGUGCCCUACUCCACCACACGCAAGAAGAUCCACGAGUGGGUGCCGCCCAAAGCCCAGUGACCCCGAUGACCUCCGCCCGUGUUCUCUUCCACAGCCGCUGCUCAAUAAAGUUUAAUAUUCACA